AUGCAGUCCCCUCGGACGGUUAAAGACCUGCAGCGACUCAACGGUAGGCUUGUCGCCCUAUCUCGCUUCCUCGCCCGAUCGGGCGAUCGCUGCCUCCCUUUCUUCAAGGCGUUCAAAGACCCGAAGAACUUUCAAUGGACAUCGGAAUGCGAGGAGGCUUUGAAACAGAUGAAGCAGCACCUGGCCAGCCUCCCUCGACUCGCCUUUGUCUUCCCCGGCGAGAAGCUGGGGCUCUAUCUGGCGGCCUCCCUACACGCAAUUAGCUCCGUCCUCGUGAAGGAAAGCUCCGGCGCACAACUCCCGAUCUUCUACGUCAGCCACGUCCUGAGUGGACCUGAGGAGCGUUACCCGCCGAUAGAAAAACUCGCACUCGCCCUGGUGCUCUCGGCUCGGAAAUUGCGCCCCUACUUCCAGGCACACUCGGUGGAAGUCAUCACCGACCAACCUCUCCGGCAGAUCUUAACAAAGUACGAUGUCGCAGCUCGGGUGGACAAAGACCUCGAGCGAGCUCCCGAGGCUUGGACCCUACACGUGGACGGCUCGGCCAACUCAAGGGGUGCCGGAGCUGGGCUGGUCCUUCUUGCCCCCGACGGAUGCUCAUUCGAGCGCUCCCUCCGCUUCGGGUUUAAAGCCACCAACAAUGAGGCGGAGUACGAAGCACUCCUAGCAGGAUUAAGGCUGGCCCUCGAGAUGCAGGUGGCCGCGAUACACGUCCUCACUGACUCGCAACUCGUGGCCGAACAGCUCAGCGGUGGAUAUGAAGCUCGUGACGCAACCAUGGCCAAAUAUCUGGCGCGGGUAAGGGAUCUAGCCGCGAAAUUCCCUUACUUUACGUUAUCUAAUGUUCCGAGGGAGGUGAACGGACGAGCCGACGCGCUCGCUAAGCUAGCGUCAAGGCGAACCCCCAAAGCGUGGCCAGAGAUGGAGGAGCUUCCUGCUCCCGCCAUUGAGGUGGCAACCACGGCCCCAGGCGGUGCGCCGACCACGUGGGUGCAGGAGCUGUUGCGCUUCAAGCGGGAUGAAACCCUUCCCCUCGACGAAGGCGCAGCUCGGCGUCUGCGCCGCACGCACGCGUGGGACACCGAGGAAAGUGGCCGGCUUUACAAACGAUCCUUCACCUACCCCCUCCUAAGGUGUUUGGAGCCUGACGAAGCCCGGACAGUCCUGGCUGAAACUCACGAGGGGAUCUGCGGCGAACACAUCGGCGGACGUACCCUGGCGCACAAGAUACUCCGCCAAGGCUACUAUUGGCCAACCAUGUGUCGAGACGCAAAAGCUUACUGGGGACUGGACCUCCUCGGCCCCUUCCCACCGGCCUCUGGACAGCGGAAGUACAUAAUUGUGGGAGUGGACUACUUCACAAAGUGGGUCGAGGCCGAGCCACUGGCUACGACGACGGAACACCAAAUGGAGAAAUUCGUUUGGAAAAACCUUGUGACCCGGUUCGGGUUGCCCAGGGCCAUUGUCACCGACAACGGACCUCAGUUCGCCGGCACGAGGUUCCGGGAAUUCUGCGCCGGUCAUGACAUUCAACUGAGGUUCAGUUCGGUGGCCCACCCUCAGACGAACGGGUUGGCUGAGGUAACCAACCGGUCCAUCCUGGAUGGCCUCAGAAGAAGAGUGUCCGCAGCCCGAUCGACCUGGACGGACGAGCUCCCCAGCGUGCUGUGGUCGCUGCGCACCACCCCCAAAACUGCGACCGGAGAAUCCCCGUAUAGCUUGACUUUCGGGACCGAGGCUGUCCUACCGCCCGAGAUGACUAUUGCCACACUUCGAACAAGGAGCUACGAACAGGAGGCCUCGAACCAGGGACUUCGCGCCAGCCUCGACGUGCUCGAGGAGCGACGCGUCGACGCACACCUGAAGGCCCUCUCUCACCAGAGAGCCGUCGCAAGGGACUACAACAGAAAGGUGCGACCCAGACCAGUCAGGUUAGGCGAUCUAGUCCUACGGAGGGCCGAAGUCAGCGACCCGACCCGAACGAGGGGGAAGCUGGCCCCCAAGUGGGAGGGACCUUUCCGGGUCACCGGUGUGGUUCGACCAGGUACCUAUCGACUCACAACGAUGGACGGUUCCUCCCUGCCGAGGACAUGGAACAUCCAGAACCUUAAAAAAUUCUUCGUUUGA